CCUCCGAUCAAACUCAUCCAAACCCCACCGGCAGAUGAGCCUUUCAAUUUCUAGGGUUUUCGAGUUCCAAUGGGAGCCCUAGCCAGAAAUCGCACACGCAUAGACGAGUGUCUGACCUCGAAUUGCACCCAACCUUCUCCCUUUUCCCCCAAUUCCCGCAUUUCAAAGCGACCCAGGUUAUUCUCCUCCUUCUCCUCCUCCUCUCCGCCGACCCAAACUCCGACCCGACCCGUUUCCAACAGCGCCGUCGCCAGAGUCUCUCGCUACCCGGCCGCGCAACCGUUGCGGCGAGUUCUCGCGCCGUGUCCCGGAAAGUUCAGCUCUUCCUUGAGCCGAGUGGUUUAUGCACCGGAGGAGCAUUAUUCCGGCGACGACGAAGCCAUGGGCAAUGUUUUGGACCGGAAUCUGUUGAGCCGUUAUAACAAUGCGAAAAAAGAGGCGCUGGCUACGAUUCUGAGCCGGAAUAAGGAGAAGGAGAAGGAGGUGAUUCGAUUGGAUGAGGAAGAGGAUGAGCAACAGAAUCGGGUUUCGGAUGAUUCGAGCAUUGAGGAAGUGGUGGAUUUAGGGGAGGAUGAUGAGCCGGAUGUGCAGGAAUUGGAGAGGAAGACGGCGGUGGUGAAGCAGCAGCCGUCGGCUUCUUCUGUGGCUUCGGAUUUUACUACAUUGACGAUGAAUGGUUCGAGUUUGAGAGUGGAGGAGAGUGCGGAGAAGAUGAGGGAGUUGCUGUCCCUUGAUCCCGAGGAUUUGCCGAGGUAUAAGAAGAUGAUUGAGGAGUUAGAGAGGCAGAGGGCGCCGAAAUUGAAACAGUUGGGGUUUGAGAUUCAGGUUACUGAGAGUAAGAGGGCCCUGUUUGAGUCUUUGCGGCCGAAGAAGAAACCGGUGGAGGAGGCGCCUCUCGAACCUUUUAUCCCUCUCAAAGAGGAGGAAAAGGCUGUGGUGGAUCGAGCAUUUUCUCCUGCAAAUCGGAGGAAGAUCCUUGUAACUCAUGAGAACUCAAACAUACAAAUUACUGGGGAACUUUUGCAGUGCCUUAGACCAUGUGCAUGGUUGAAUGAUGAGGUCAUAAACGUCUACCUUGAGUUGCUGAAGGAGAGGGAAAAGAGAGAUCCAAAGAAGUUCUUGAAAUGUCAUUUUUUCAACACAUUUUUCUACAAAAAGUUAAUAGGUGGAAGAAGUGGCUAUGAUUAUAAAGCUGUCAGAAGAUGGACUACCCAAAGAAAGCUAGGAUACAGCCUCAUUGACUGUGACAAAAUAUUUGUCCCCAUUCACAAAGAAAUACAUUGGUGCUUGGCUGUGAUCAACAAAGCAGAUCAGAAGUUCCAGUAUUUGGAUUCGCUCAGAGGGCGUGAUACAAAAGUGAUGCAACUAUUGGCUAAAUACUACGUUGAUGAAGUGAAGGACAAGAGUGGGAAAGACAUUGAUGUGAGUUCUUGGAAAUUUGAAUGUAUCGAGGACCUUCCCGAGCAGGAGAAUGGGUUUGAUUGUGGCGUAUUUAUGAUCAAGUAUGCUGACUUUUACAGCAGGGGCUUGGAUCUGUGUUUCCACCAGAAACACAUGCCAUAUUUUCGAUUGAGGACAGCCAAGGAGGUUCUACAAUUAAGAGCCGACUGAUUUGUCAAGGAGGUUCAUUGUCAAAUAGGUUAAUGACGGAUGCCUGCAUCUUCUUCACAAUGUUGAUGCUGCUAAAGUGGGAGCUUCAGCGUUUGUUUGCAUGAUUUUGAGAUUUGCCCUUGUGGAGGUGAUUGCUGUCAAGACAUUGUUAGUAGAGUACAAAGCAAAUUGCAUAUAGCCUAGGUAUACAAGUGCGCGAGCCAUGAUGUGUCAGUGUCCCGAGUUGCAAGUGUUUGGAAUUGUAUCUUGUCACUUGUAAAGUGUUGGAUUUGAUCUAACAAUGUAACACAAGUUUUUUGAGGGAAUGCCUAUUCUAUAAAAAAAAAAAAAGGUGGUAAGAUUUGAACAUUU